AUGUCUGAUCUAAAGGGCCUGCAGGCCUCCUGCAAGGCGAUCUUAGCGCGCCAUCAGCGCAGCAGCAAUAUGGAUUUGACCUGUAUAGUGUGCCAGCAGCGAGUUCGGGGGCAGGACAGCAGCAUGGAGCACUACGUUGCCGUGCAUGGUAUUCACCCCACACAUUUCGACGACGUCGCAGACUUGGAUGGUUUUCUCGCGCACCUUCAUGGGUUGAUAUUCCCCCGCGAGGAUGGGCGAAUGCACUGCCCAGUCUGCGGCGAGGAGUGCGGUGACAAGGCGAUGUGGGCGGUGCACGUGAAACGGGAGGAGCACACCCAUUGGAACGUCGAGACGAUUCCAGCACUGGCGCCGUUCUGUGUUGCAGCUGUGGGUGUCGGGGAAACCGCGGAGUUAGUGGAUCACGGUGAGGAUGAUAAUGUCGAUGGAGGGCGUAAUGUUGACGGAAGGGAUGAGGACGACGACGGCGGCGGCGAUGACGAUGAGGUACUGGAGGGAGACUGGGAUGUGGAGCCCGCCAUCUGCCUCUUGUGCGACAUUGAGUCAGAGGACUGCCUGCAGCACAUGAUUGACGCCCAUGGUUUUGACUUCCGCGCAGCUGUGCGAGCCCACACGGGCGUGAAAGACGUGUACGAUGUUAUCCGUGUCGUCAACGCCAUCCGCAAGUGCGUGGCGCGCGGCUUGUGCCCGCAUCACUACGGCGAUGGGGCCGCAGAGGUGGAGACAGAGGCGUGCCGUCGCGAUAUUGCCGCCUCGUCUCUGCAGCUGCACCUGCGCGCCCAUGCACAGCACGCACUUCCCCGCGUGGUGCCCACGGGGGACCGGGAGCUUAUCCCCGUUCUCUGCGGCGACGCGUUCCUCUCAUCGGUGGCGGUGGGCGGUGGCCUUGUGCUGCACGACGGGAAGGAGGAAGAGGAGGACCCCGACUACCCGAUGGUGCCGACCAUCGCGGAGAUGGCCAAGAGGCACGUGCCGAGAGACGAGCCGCCACAUGGCAAAGAUGCGCCAAAUUUGACCCCAAAAUAG